GCGGAGGGAAGCCGACACACACACACACACACACACACACGGAGGGGGCAGCGCACACGCGUGAGGACACGGGCGCCCGGCCCCGCUGCUGGCUGCAGAACCACAACCGCGCAAGGAGGCGGCAGCGCCCGCGGAGACGCGCCCAGCGGCUCUGGCCUUUCAGGCGCAGGGGCGCUGCGCGGGGCACGGACCCUCACACCGCCCCGUGGGCAUCUGCUCCGAGCAGGACUGAAUCUGGGAAAGUUUUGUUCGGCGGGCAGCGCGGCGGGAUUCACAGCAGCCGCCUCCCCUCGCGUGCGGAGGAAUUACAAGGUGCGGACUGGGACCCGCAGCCAGGGUUUGUUCGGCCCUUGUUUAAAUACUGGGGCUGGGAACUUGCUGCUCUCUCUGCAGAUGUUUAACCCUUGCCCGGAAGAAGGAUCCGAGUCGCCUUUCAAAGAAGAUCCAGUGGUUGGCAGCAGCUCGGCGCUGGCUGGGCUUUAACUCUUGGGGGCUUUAUGGAUUGACUCUGCUACUCCUCCUUUUGGGGAAACACUUUGCCUGUAUCCCUCCUGGGGUCUUCCUUUGCAAUCCUGCCUGUGGUCUUGAGGCUGGGACCUUCAAGCAAAGAGACCUUAAAGAAGUCCAAAAAGAGCGUGAGGUCAAACGGCAAGGUGCCAGCAUGCUAUGAGGUAGUGCCCCUCUCCCUGAAGAAGAAGAUGGCUGCAGAGCUUUACCCUGCCAGCGCUAACACCAAUAUUGCAAACAGUAAUAACGCUGCUGCCACCGUCACUGCUGCUGCCAAUAGCAAGAAAAACGCCCUUCAGCUUCAGCAGAGUGCCCAGCCGCCGCCGCCGCAACUGCAAAACCUGAACAACAACAAUUUGGAGAGCUCCAACUGGCAGUCCUUCCACCCCACCCUGCGGGAGAGGAACGCACUGAUGUUCAAUAACGAACUUAUGGCUGAUGUACAUUUUAUCGUAGGCCCCCUGGGGGCAUCAAAGAAAGUUCCUGCCCACAAGUAUGUUUUGGCAGUUGGUAGCUCUGUCUUCUAUGCUAUGUUUUAUGGUGAUCUUGCAGAGGUCAGAUCUGAAAUCCAUAUACCAGAUGUGGAACCUGCAGCCUUUCUAAUCUUAUUAAAGUAUAUGUAUAGUGAUGAAAUUGACCUGGAAGCUGACACAGUGCUCGCUACUCUGUAUGCUGCCAAGAAGUAUAUCGUCCCAGCCUUAGCAAAGGCUUGCGUCAAUUUUCUGGAGACUAGUUUAGAGGCUAAAAAUGCUUGUGUUCUGCUGUCUCAGAGCAGACUCUUUGAGGAGCCAGAAUUGACCCAGCGCUGCUGGGAAGUAAUUGAUGCUCAAGCAGAAAUGGCAUUGAAGUCAGAAGGCUUCUGUGAAAUUGAUCAACAAACACUAGAGAUCAUUGUAACCAGGGAAGCACUAAACACUAAAGAGGUGGUAGUUUUUGAGGCUGUUCUUAAUUGGGCAGAGGCUGAAUGCAAAAGACAAGGGCUACCAAUUACACCAAGGAACAAGAGGAAUGUAUUAGGAAAAGCUUUAUAUUUGGUGCGAAUUCCAACUAUGACUUUGGAGGAGUUUGCCAAUGGAGCUGCUCAAUCUGACAUCCUUACCCUUGAGGAAACACAUAAUAUAUUCUUAUGGUAUACAGCUGCAAAUAAACCCAAGCUAGAAUUUCCACUGACAAAAAGAAAAGGACUUGUACCUCAAAGAUGCCAUCGAUUUCAAUCGUCUGCAUAUCGUAGUAACCAAUGGAGGUACAGAGGUCGCUGUGACAGUAUCCAAUUUGCUGUAGAUAAAAGGAUAUUCAUAGCAGGACUAGGCUUGUAUGGGUCAAGCUGUGGUAAAGCUGAAUACAGCGUCAAAAUUGAACUUAAGCGUCUAGGAGUUGUUCUUGCUCAAAAUCUGACAAAGUUUACCUCUGAUGGAUCCAGUAAUACUUUCUCUGUGUGGUUUGAACACCCUGUGCAGGUUGAGCAAGACACAUUUUACAACGUAAGUGCCAUUCUUGAUGGCAAUGAACUUAGUUAUUUUGGGCAAGAGGGAAUGACUGAAGUACAAUGUGGAAAAGUAACAUUCCAGUUCCAGUGCUCCUCUGAUAGUACCAAUGGAACUGGAGUACAAGGAGGACAAAUACCUGAACUCAUUUUCUAUGCAUGAUGCAUUUUACUUCGACUGUAUUCCAGUACUGCUAUUCACACUAAAGGAUUUUUUUGAUUACUACAAACCUCUACAGCAGUGUGGAAUGUUAGGCUACUUACCUAUCUACUACAUCAGGCUAUCAAAAUAAGUGAAGGAAUGCUCUUGAAUUUAAUCUUAUUUUAUUUAUUCAUAAGAUAUUUGACUUAAUUAAAACUGCAACAUGCAGAAAAAUGUUAAAUUCUGCACGUAAUGUGCAUUUAUUUUGUAUAUAGAUAACUAACUCGCAGACUGCAGCUGACUCAAGCAGGAUGUUCUAAACUAGAGCAGUUUAUGAAUCUGUGAAAUAUAAAACAUUUUUACUUGCCCUAAAA